AUGGCCGUCGUGCCGCGGGCGGAGUCCUCGCGCCUGGCCCUGCUCACCGUCACCGGCGAGGGCCACCGCGUGUACUGGUCGGUCAGCGCCGCGCAGUGGGGCUCCGGUACCGCAGGCGCUGCCACGCGCCCUGACCGCCUUCGCGCCGAGUUCGCGCGCCCCGCGCCUCCCGCGCCGCGCGCCAGCCGCCGCGACCCCGGCGCCGUGCCCGGGAUCAGGACGCAGGGCGAGCGUGUGGCGGCUGCCUGCGCGGCCGAGGGCGUGCUCCUGCUCGCCGAGGCGGCGCCGCAGGGCGGCAGCGCGCGCCUCGUGGGCCUCGCCCGCGACGCGACGCUGCCGCCCCUCGCCACCGCCACCGGCGCCUCGCUGACGGGGCACGGCCUGCGUGAGACCGUGGCCGAGCUGCCGGGCCGCGUGCCGGGGGACGCCUGCGCCAUCAGUUAUUACGCCGACCUCCGCGCCGACCUGGAGGGCCUCAAGUUCCGCGAGCUGGUGGCGGGCGAGGGUGGCGACGCCGCCGCCGCCGCGCUCGUCGCCUGCCUGGUCGGCGAGCGCCUGGACGGCGGCGGCGGGGAGGAGCUGACGGCCGCGCUGCGCGCCGGCUGCCCGGCCUUCUUCCGCGAGGACGAUCGGGUGUAUUACCGCGCGCUGGGCGCGCUGGCGCGCGCCGAGGCCGCCGAGACGGUCGCGGACCGGGAGGCCGCGCUGGGUGCCGCGGUGGAGAGCCUCGCAGCCGUGCCGGCGGCCGUGGACCUGACCGCCCUGGCGCCGCGCCUGGCCCGGCUCAGGGCCUUCCGUGCGCUGGUGGGCCUGGCCGCCGGCCGCGCGCGCCUCCUCACGGGGGGGGACGGCGUGGCGCUGGGGAACGGCGCGGCGGGCGGCAUGCAGCCAUCUGCCGCGGACGCUGCCUACGAGCCGGUGGUGGAGAUCGCCAGGGUCCUGCUCGCCCCAGACCCGGAGCGAGCCAAGGGGACGCGCUGGGAGGGUUUGGUGGCAUCCAUCGCGCCGCGUGAGGCGCCGGAGCUGCGGCGUGCGCUGCUGGAUGCGGCCGUGGCCACUCGCGACCCGGGCCUGCUGGACGCCCUCUACUCCUGCCUGGUGGACGCGGGGGCUGUCGGGGAGCUGAUCGCCGCCGAUGCGCCGGGGCUGGAGACGCACCUCAUCCGCGGUGGCGGCCUGGCGGGCGUCGCCCACGCCUCCCAGAUCCGGGGCCUGGAGCCGGGGCAGGUCGCGCGCGUGGUGGCACUGGCGCGCUUCUACACCGCGCGCAGGGAGUACGCCAAGGCCGCCCAAGCCUACGAGGUGCUGGCCGACGUGCCAGUGACUGGCCCACGCCAGGAGCUGACGCUGGAGCAGAGGGCCGAGUACCUGGCCCUCGCCACCCUCCAGGCGCGAAGCUGUGGGGAGGCUGUGCUCCUGGACCAGCUCACGGCCAAGGCCAGGGUGCUGGCGGCGCAGAGGCGCAUCCUGGAGAUGCUGACAAGGGACGAGGAGGGAGGGGCGGACGCCGAAACGCUGGCUGCACUGGAGGCGGGGCCGCGACCCCUGGCAGAGCUGUACAACGACAUCGCCGUACCUCGCCAGCUGUGGUCGAGCUGCCUGGAGAUGAUUGGCAUCUCCGCCUAUGGCGAUGCCGCCUACGUCUCACAGCUCUGGGACCUCUCGCUCAAGUCUGCCUGGGAGAGGGGCUGGGCGAUGGCAGCGCCGGACAGCGAGGCGGACGAUCCUGCCCACGCAGCCGCCGAGGCAUUGGAAGAGGUCGCUCGCGAGGUGGAGUUUGUCGCGCAGUCCGUCGGAGCCCCCGAUGAGAACAGCCUGCCGCUGCCGCAUGUGACCCUUCGCCUCGAGCAAGUGGCUGCCGGCCUCUGGCCCGUCGAGACGGGGCUGCCGCUCCCCGCCGGCCGCGUCGGCCGCGCGGUGUCGGUCGCCGCCGGCUCGGAUCGCGAGGGCGCCCUCCGUGCCUACGAGACCCUGCUCAGCACGGCAGGGGUCGACGCCGGGGACGAGUCUGCCGCACCCUCGCUGCGCGCGCGCCUCGUGGAGUCGGCGCUGCUCCUCCUGCAGGCCGCCGCCGAGCAGUUGCCGGGCACCGCGCCGCGCGAGCGCGCGGCAUUGGCUGGGAGCUGCGACGCGCUGCUGGGAUAUGCACGGCGGCUUCAGGACAGCGCAGCUGCCGCCCGCCUCGUCCCGGAGCUGGAGGCGGCUGCCGCUGCCCUGCACUCCCGCACCUCUGGCAGGGGGCUGGCGUUGCUGGGAGGGUUCUGA